AUGCCGAAACUGGAAGAAAAGCCAAGAGUUUUUUUAGAAGAAUUUCGAGUCAAGAAUGCACCCGACGACUACGGAAUGGCAGACGAAAAAUGGAAUUUCAAGAAAUUCACAAAGAAAUUUCGCAUCGUUAUAGUCCGAAUGGAUAAUACUGAAAUGGAAUUUGAUUUAAUCGGCAUUCAACCCGCAUUCGCUAAUGCUUUUCGAAGGCUCAUGUUGAGUGAGGUACCCAGUAUGGCAAUUGAGAAGGUGAUGAUAAAAAAUAACACAUCCAUUAUACAGGACGAAGUGCUUGCACACAGAUUGGGAUUGAUUCCACUGAAGGCAGACCCGCGGCUAUUUGAAUUUCGUCCUGAAAAUGCUGAAGAAGGGACUGAGUUUGAUACUUUAGAAUUUUCUCUAAAAAUAAAAUGCACAAAUAAUAAAUAUGGACCCAAAGACUCUUUCCGUGCUGAGGACUUGUAUGAAAAUCAUAGUGUGUACUCGUCUUCAAUAAAAUGGCAUCCCAUUGGAAAUCAGGCGUCAAUCCACAAAGAAGCUGAUGUUGGUCCGGUAGACGAUGACAUCCUUAUAUCCAAAAUGAGACCCGGUCAUGAACUGGACAUGCAUCUGGUGGCUGUUAAAGGCAUCGGCAAGGAUCAUGCCAAGUUCUCACCAGUCGCAACUGCCUCCUACCGUCUACUUCCUGAAGUAACUCUAACUCGUGAAGUGGAUGGAAGUGAAGCGACUUUGCUACAGAGCUGCUUUUCACCUGGAGUCAUCGGCCUGGAUUCUGAUGGCAAAGCUUUUGUGAGGGACGCCAGAUAUGAUAGCUGCAGCAGAAAUACUUACAGAUAUGACUGUAUAAAAGACGCCGUGAUAUUGAGUAGAAUACGUGACCAUUUUAUAUUUAAUGUGGAGUCAGUGGGUGCUAUGCCUCCGAACGUCAUAUUUGUUGAAGCUGUUAAAAUAUUAAGAGAUAAAUGUAAAACAUUAUUGGAUGAAUUAAACAGUUUUUCUUAA